AUGCCUCCACGUGGGCCCUCAAGGGGAUCGCACCUCCGGCAGGUCAGCGCAGCGAGCCUGGAUAGUACCUCCUCCACCGGUCCCUCUGUGGGGACUUCACAGUAUGAUCCCUCAGCAGCCAACGACAAGUCAGACAAGCAGCCGGGCUCUGGUCUAUAUCGCCAGCUCUGUACGCUCUGGGUCCAUGAUGAGAGCUUCUCAAGGGAAGAGGUUCUGUUCAACAGUUCCGCGUUCAGCGAAACUGGGGUCAAACCGGGCGACGUGAUCGAGAUCACCCUUGUGCGCAGUGGCGGAGAUUCUGCCCAUCCCCAAUUGAAGUCCGAGUUCGGUGCCAGAGCCGGCAAUGACGGUAAUGUCGAGAGCAAUUCAAGUCUCAACCUGGGUGGUGGGAAUUCGAAAUUCGCUUCGCGCACCCAGGGCCGGUUUCUCUUCGUGGUCAAGCCUCUGCCGCAGGACAUCAAGCAACGACAUCCAAAGCUGGAAAUAUCUGUGACAAGCAGCGUCGCGAACAUAUUUGGCUUCAAGAACCGCUGUCAUGUCCUCCUUUCGCAGGUUGACCGCUCACAAUGCUCCGCCUCCCACGUUGACAUCUCCUUUCGCGACCAAUACCUGGUGCGUGCGGAUAUGUGGAGGCUUGUCACGUCAGAACUGGUCGAUAAAACCAUCUACAAGGGGCAGAAGAUUCUUUUCAUGGGAAGCAUCAAAGCAACAAUAAAGCACAUCUUCAUCCGAGGGAAAAAGGUCCUAUCAGGCUAUUUUGCUCCCAACACGAUUCCUGUGUUUCGGAGUGAAUCGGCGAGAUAUGUCUUGUUCAUCCAGAUGUCCCGGGAAAUGUGGGACUUCGACGCGGAGGGGACCGGCGAUAUCCUCUUCAGCCGGGUGAUCAAUGGCUUCUUGCCAGAGCUUUUCAAGCGCUGGGCAAACAUCGACGCCAAGCAUCUGGUCACGAUCGUGCUGUUCACCCGAGUUGAGUACGAUAGUACUGUGGAGCAUGGGGAAUCUGCGCUUAGCAUGGACCCCCUGAAAAGAAUACCUCCUAGUACUGAUCAUGUGCACACGCGGGACUUCUAUCGAGUCGUUGUAAAUGAUAUCGCGAGCGCUCACUGGACAGCGAUCUUGGAUGAGCUCAAGAAGAACUUUCGAACGUUCUUGAGGGAUGUUUCAAUCCAGAAAUUCGUUAACCCAGAAGAUUCAACGACCGAUGGAACCAAAGAGAAGAAACCGCAGAUCGUCACUAUCGCCGGACGGCCCACCUCUGCAAUACGCGGGAAUAUCCUUGAAGCCAUCCAUCUGGCUACCUCGCACAUGACCUAUGACCAUAUCGAUCGCGAUAUGGCUCGUACAGGAACUUCAAUUGUCGUCAUAACGCCAGGAACUGGGCUCUUCGAAGUCUCCUACGAAUCCCUGGCUGCAACAACAGAAGCCCUCACGAACCUUGGGAUCGCCAUCGAUCUCGUUUGCCUGAGCCCCAUGCCACUUCAUUCUGUACCAUUGUUUAAGUAUCGGAGACCACAAGAGCGACCUAGUAGCUCACGCUUCGGAGAUUCCCAUAGCAACCUGUCAGCUUCAGAAUAUCGACACUCUACAGCCAGUUUUACGAGUAAGCUAUCUCCGUUUUCUCCCAAGGGGUCAGAUUUUAGCACCUUUUCUCGCCCUGUAUCUCGAGACCGGCCCUCCGCAAAUUCGAAAGAAUGGUGCUAUGGAAUUCCCCAUUGGCUCGAUAUUUCUUUCUGGAACCCGGAAACUUAUAGAGAGGGUCGUAGGAUUGCAAAGAAGGAUCUCAAUGCACCGAUUCCGUACACCGUGACGAAACAGUCGAAGCUCUUCGUGCCAAGGGUGCGUAUGUACGAGAUUCAAAUGAUGGGGAUCAUGGAGAGUGAACAGUCCAAUAUUUCCAUUCCCUAUCUCUCGGAGAGGAACUAUGGCUUUCAACGGACUCCCAACCUCACUCCGAGCUCGCAUCCGAGCAUUAUGGUUUCUCCCGCAGGCAAAUAUCCUCUCUCUCCCAGCUCGUCCUACAGGGUGCAAUUGAGCGACAGCCUGAGGCCAGAGCCAUUCCUCUCCAGUUUCACGAGUCCUAAAGAGAUGAUGCUCUCCAACUCGGCGAAACAGCAAAGGAGAAUGCUCAGCUGGAUGGACGACUAUGAUGACCAUGUCUUCCACCCAUUCCCGAAGAAGCGCCAUUCUCGAAAACAUUCUAAAUCCAAGAAACUAGCUGAACCUGAGACUCAAAGCUCUCAUACGCAGGACCGCCUGUCGGCAAGAUCGAUCAUGAGCUUGAGAGAGCAUGAAGAACAUGAAAUGGAACGAGCUUCCUCGCUGCGCUCCACCCAGCGGAAGGUGGACACACCCUUGUCCUCCCCCAAGAGUCCUAUUUCAACCAAGGAUCAGUCACCAAGGAAACCAGCAAUUAAAACGAAUCGUACUUCAAGGAUCUCACGCACAAUCAGCUUUGCUCUACGUGGGCUCGGCUCAGGCCCUCCGCGAGCUCAGGCAAGUACCGAAGUCAAUGUCGAGCAUGCCAGAGCUCUUCCUAUUCUGAAUAGGAAGACUUCGACAGGAAUGACUUCGGAUACGGAGAGCAUCAAACAGCAGACCUCUUCGACAGAUGAGACUGCGUCGAUAUCGACGGUCAAUGAAUUGCCAGCAGCGCCAUAUACGCCGAAGAAACCCACUGAGAAGCUGGAAGUUCCUCAGUCGAGGCCGAUAUCUAUCAAAGUCGUCAAUAAGAAAGUUCGGGAGGAGGCGGAAACAGAGCGACAAAGUGUCGAAAGCUCUUUCCACCCUGCGACAGAAAUUCCCAUCGACACAGGUAGCCACGGUGCAAGCCAUGGACCGUUUCCCAUGAAGAGAACGGGUCCUAAAUUCGAAGCGGGGUUCAAUGCUGGGCGCGUCAUUCGGCUCAGAGAGGCCUCUGAGCCCCUAAAAACCACCAUGGAACCUCCCGAUCCCCAUGGUGGUGGUGUUAUUCACGCGUCACCCCCGGCAAACGGCCACGCGGCAAGCCAGCUCACGGAAAUCCUGGAGGUACCAGACACCCCAACCCCAAGCCGAUGGAACAUCACUGGACCUCUAGGGCUUGAUAUGAAUGAGAAUGAUCAGGAAAAUGACCCAAAAACGAGCAGAACCCUG